UUAACACUGAUAUAAAAAUAUAGUGUAUAUACUUUGGAAAGUUAUAACAUAUAAGUUAACAGUGCUGUUUCUUUUAUUGUAAAAUUUUUUAUGAGAGUUAAUUGUCAGGCGAUAAGUACGUACGUGUAUGUACGUGUAUAUCCAUCCGUAUACAGUAUAUUAUUGUAAACAAUUAUCGCACAAUGUGUUAUAUUGUUUAUUUGACAGAAAACAGCAAAGUGUCCGGUUACCGGUUAGGAAUUUAUUAAAAUAAGGCGAAAAAUUUUGCUUCCUCUUUACACCGCUUUAUUAUAUCUGCAAUGGCUAAAAUUGAUUGUUUAUUGCCUCGAAUUUAUUUAUCAUCAAAAUCGGUCAAAUAGACGCUGGCAUGUGAGACCUCACAUAAGUGAUGCACUCCGAGACCAUUAUGGUGCAUACGAGUGUCUAUUUUUAUAUUAUGCCAAUUGCGAUCACGAGAAAUUUAAGGAAAUGUUUCGUUUAUCAGUAAAAGCCUUCAAAAUACUCCACGACAUUAUUGGAUCGAGUCUCGUAAAAAGAAGUCGCAGAAUCCCAUUGUCGUCGGAGUUAAGAUUAGCAAUUACGUUGAAAACGACUACUAAUCACCCUUUCCAAAAAGAAAAUGUAGAGUCAUCUGAUGAAGAUGUGGAAAUGACUGACAACAGUGGAGACAAUAUAUUUAGACACUUUCCGGCCCGGGAUAAUGCAAGGAACGAUAUCCUUUUACAGCGCCAGGAGGAGGUUCUGUGGGACGCAUGGGUGAAGAUUCCCGAAAAAAAAGGAAACUCUGCUAUUUUGAAUUAAGAGAUUUGUUCCAAAAUAAAAAAUAACAUUUAAAGUUCUUUGCAGUUUUUAAAUUUAAAUAAUAAAUAAAUAACAACAUUACACAAA